AUGAGUAUUUCCUGGGAGAAACCGAAAUCUUUAUCCCAUGCCUUUCUACUUUGCUGGUUUGCUGCAUUCGUAGUGUUUGUAAACAGCGCGGAAAAUCAUGAGAAUCCGUUGAAUCGGCAGAAAUCAAAGAGCCCCGGGAAAUGCGGCGUCUUCGAUGCAUUCAAGGUUGUGCCGGCGAACAGUACUGUAAGUUUUUUUAAAAUAUUUUUGGUGUAUUUUGAAAAUGAAGGUAAAAUACGCUUUUUAUAGUCCUUGAGCUAUAAUUCUAAUGUGCAAUUUAAAAUCAAAAAAAUCCAAAUUUUUUGCUUCUAAAGAAUCGUCAAUUUCUGCAUAACGCGGUUAGAAAUUUCCGUAAGAAUCGCAAAAAAAAAUAAAAAAAAUAGUCCAGCUUUUUGGUAAAAUACGUAAUCUUUAAGAUCUCUUUUAUAUAAAUAUUUUUUUCAGAACUUUGUCGGAGGCUCCUUUGCCUUGCACGAAGCUGACUGCUCCACCCUGAUCCCGGACUCCGUCCAAGAUAUUGUCGCGUUUCAAUGGGUUUUCGCGCACUGGAAUCGGAUGCAACAGAGUGCUGGGUCGAAAAUUGGUAAGCUCAAAUUUUAAGGUUGCCUGGGAAAUUUUUACAAAUUCGACCCAAAAGUUUUAAUGACAUUAAAAAAUUUGUUUUUUUGAACGAUCUUACUCAAGGUAUGUCAAACGGAAUAGGAUAAAACCGAGUUCAAAUUUACAGUAGCGGACCAGAUCCAGUGGCAAAAACGUACCAUUUUGCAUCGGGGAAGUAUCAAAAAUGUGGCAAAAUACAUGUACAAUACCUCCCUCUCCAAGUGAAAAAACUCCGAGUUCAAAAGCGCGCUCUUCAAAACUGAGUUUUUUAGUUGGAGAGGGAGGCAUUUUGCUGCAUUUUUUAAUACUUCCCGGAUGCAAAAUGGUACUUUUUUUGCCACUGGUCCAGGUCCGUCACUGUAGAACAAAAAUUUUUAAGGCGUUUGCGAGAUGGCUAAUUCGCUUUUUGUAAAAACAACGGAGGUUUUUAGUCUUGAAAAUGGGGAAAAUUCGGAAAUUUUUGGUGGGUCACGGUAUGAAAAACGUAUGCCUUAUUUCUACCAUACAGAGAAGAAUUUCUACAAGGAUAUUCUUGGUAUUCUCAGUCGCUGACCAUGUUAUCUCUUAGACAGAUUUAAUUUGUAAAAUACGUGGUCUAUAAUUGUGUUUUUUAAAGCAUGUAUCCGGCAUAAUAAGCAAAAUAGUCUGGUUUCUAAAUCCUUCUCUUUCAGGUCUCUAUGUCGGUGACAGUUGUCGUCGAACGAAAGAAUCGCUCCUUCAGACCCUGCGCUUCCUCGACUCGGUCGAUUAUUAUGAUCCGGACGAGUGUGUGAAGACAAAGAAUCCCGGGAAAAUGUUGGGAGUGGUGCUGCCCAAGGAACGGGAAUUGGCUGUGAGCACUAGCCGUGUGCUCGAGUCAUCCAAAUUACUGGCCGGAGCGUUUUCGGUGGAGUCGGCUGAAGCUGUGAAAGGAAGUGAAAUCGCGACAAUUGUGACGUCACCAAUGCUCGAGGACUAUGUUAUGGUGGGUUUGUGAGGAGAGCGAGAUUUUCUUGAAACGCUGUGGAAAUUUUUGAAAGAAAAUAGUUCAAAUUCCUCUCAAGUUUUUAAGAAAAAACUAAAAAUCAAAUUGAAAGUAGUGAAUUUGAAUAGCAAGAGUGGCUUUUCAAAUUUGGCCCUAGUAAUCUGUAUAGACCAUAUUUCAGUUCCUGAAAAUUUUAGCUCGCGGUUUCUAUGGAGGGCUGAGAUAUUCAACAAUCUUUGCUGACAAAAUAUCAUGGGAAAUGAGGAGGCCGGUCAGAGAAAAAACUUUUUUGAUUGAUAUCAUUGUGAAUUUCCUGCAGAAAGAUUUGGUUUUUUGUUACAAAAAUUUACUGUGUCCUUGUAAUAGGUCACUAAUUUUUCGUCGCAAAAAACUGUCUUCGGUGAGAGAUUGGGAAAAUUGAGGAGAGUAGGUGAGAAAGAAAGGUUCGUUUAGGGAUAUCUUUGUUACCUCUUUGUGGAAAGCGAUAUUUUUUGAUACAUAUAUUGCUUACGGCAUCUCAGACUGAAUGCAAAAUUUUGGUUUUCAAAAACUCACAUAAAAACUCAAUUCUUUGCAGUUUUUUUACCAAAAAAAUUCCAUUAUCUUAUUGAUUUCUUGGUUUUUGAUGUCUUAAAAAAUGUUGAUCUUUAUAUACGCUAAGCUUCUGUAAACAUCACCGCUUUUUUCCAGGCCCUCACCGAGCUCAUGGACCAGCUGGAAUCGGAUCUUUUGGUCUUUGUCACCUGCCAAGUUCAAGAUGACCGGGUCAAGGAAAUCAGCCGACUUCUGGCGCAAAAUCAAAUCCACAUCAGCGAAAUCAUCCACACAGAGCAUUUGUUCUUCAACGAGGUUAUGAACGCGACCGACGCCAAGAUUAUGCUGUACUUGCCUUGUCAGAAGAUGGACUCUCCAAAAUUGCAAUAUUUGAAUGCCAAGCCGAAAACAAUUAUCACGCUGGCGUUGGACGACCACAGCAGAACAUUCCCGUUCGUUGUGAAGGAUGCUAAGGUGAGAUUUUGAAAAUUUUAAAUCUUAUUUUUUACAUUUAAGUCAUCAUCUUAUAUACCGUAUUCAGGAGAUCAUAAUUCGUCAAGCCCGAACCGAGAUCCCUCAUUUCCGCGAUUACUUUCUGCGUCUUCUCGUCAACAACCACGAAUCCUAUGCUCUGGCUGCUUCCUACAUCCACCAGCUUCUCAACUGCUCGGCAGAAAAGAAGGAUUGCCCUGAGGUCACGACCGAGAUCUUGGGCACGAGAUUUGAUCAAGGCCCACAAGUGGAUGCUGUCGUUAGAUUGGCGUAUGCCUUCUCGGUGGCUGGAAGAUUCAUUGAGAGCGAUGAGAAAUUGAAAGCAAAAUGGUAAACAUUUAAUUUUAUACAAGGUAGUAGCCUUGGUCGUAUUUUACAAACAAAAAUGAUUUUUUGAAGUCUUUAGUGUUAUGCUCCACCUUGGUCAUGAGUAAUAUAAAAAAGCAGUAAUAGUUAGGAAAAAAACUCCUAAACAAGAUGCAUUAUACCCACAACGUAUUUUAAAAUUUUCUAAACGUUUCCUAAACUUUUGCGACAUUUUCGAUCGCUUGCAACAGAAUGCCAAAAAAAAUUAAAAAUGGCGGGAAGUUUAAAUUUUCAAAAAAAAAUUUUUUUGUUGAUAAAAGAGUGCAGUUUUGUACAAAUAUGCGUAUUUUUUAUGCGACGAUAUCGUAUUUUACCCUUUAAAAACCCUUGCAACAGAAUGCCAAGAUUCGAAAAAAUCGCGUUAUCUGAAAGUUUGAAAUUUAAUCUUGAGCUUAAGCUGCUAUAAUUCAUCUCUUAUGGCGUAUUUUAGAUAUUUUUCGACCUUUGAGCUAUGCAAUUUCAAGGACUGUUUAUAAUUUUUACCUCAGUUUAUGCUGCACGGGACACUCCAAUUUAAAAUCCUUAUAUUUCAGUGCCGAAAACACAGAGGCCUGUUCCUUCGGAGUUUUGGAGCGCCUAACAUCCGUGAGGUUCGUCAAGGAGGAACGAGGACCAUUGGAAUUGGCUGGCGAAGAAAUGGGAUUUUUUGUGAAAAACGGGCAUAUUGUUCAAAGCAUUGGGCUGAAGUUGGUCGUGCAAGUUGAAGGUGGAGAAGAUGUAAGUCCAAAAAUGAUUUUUUUGUUUUAAUAUUGCUUUUUGGAGUCUUUUGGAGGUUGGAUCACUUUUGAUACUUUUUGAGGUUUUUUGAUACCUUCUGAGGUUUUUUGGUACUUUUUCAUUUUUUGUCAUUUUAUGCAUUUUUAUGCGUUUUUAUCGGCAAUUGAGGGAGAUUAAAGAUAACGCACUAUUAGAUGCCGUAUUUUACCAUUAAUUUCAGCUGUUCACCUUCCAAAUCGGCGCUCAGCCCAAGGUGAAUCAACACAACACAGUUGCCUCCCUUCGUCUCCCCCGCUCCGUCUGUCUCCCUCAAUUCCCGUACUGCGGCCAAUGCGGACGCCCGGUUGAAAUGGAUCCCCGAACAACCUUCAUCAAUGGCCAGAAAGUGCUUCCAUUUUAUUUGAGCGGAGUCUUCAAUUUGCAUGGAGAGAACUGCGAGGAGAUACGACAGGAUUCGGUGGUCUUGGCGUUGGCUUACACGUAUACCUUGAACACCAUGGACGUCAAAUAUCCGGCGUUGGCGUUGAAGCCGAUGAGAGAUUUUGGGGCGUUGGUGGUGGAUAGUUGCUCGGAUGCGUACAAGUAGGUUUGGGGGUAAAAUACGUAUAAUAUCAUUUUAUUUUACAUUUUGGUUUGUUCUCUUGCAUAAAUUAGUAAUUUGAGAUAGUCCGAGAAAAAUAAAGUGAAAAAUUUUACUAUCGAAAACAUUUUCUGUGUUUUUUUCGGAUUUUUUCACAGUAAAAAUUUUCCUAUUAUGACUUUUCGGAUACCUUUGAAUUUUUACAUAAUUUCUUGGAGUAGACUACACACCAUUCCCUGAGAAUUUUAGCUCACACUUUGCAGAGGCAGAUGGGAUAUUAAGCAAUCUUUUUGAGAGAGUACGGAAAGGGAGGAGAGUCGGUGAGAGAGAAAAAAGUUUUUCUUCGCGGGAUCUAAUUGCAUUCUACAAUGGCGGACCUGAUCCAUUGGCAAAAAACGUACCAUUUUGGAUUAGGAAAGUAUCAAAAAUGCAGCAAAACGGAGUUUUUUUUUAUUGUGGUGGGAGGUAUUUUGCCACAUUUUUGAUACCUCCCGGGUGCAAAAUUAUACGUUUUUUGCCAAUGGAUCAGGUGCCUCACUGGACGCAAGAAAAAUAAAUUUUUUGGGCUAAAAAUCUGAAUUCUUUCUCCUAAAAUUGUAGGUCAACAAUCCAAGUAUAUAUACGCCUUAUAAAGCAUUAAAUUCCUCUCCCUCAAUUCUCAAAGUUUCCCUUCCAGAGUUCGCGGUUUCACCGUCGAUUCCGAGACUCAAUGUCAACGCUUGGCCGUCAACGACUACAAUGUGACCAUUCCAACGGGUACAAUUUUGGGUCAAAUUUCGGCGCUGGGCGACGAAAUCGCGCAAUCCGAGCACAACGCGCUGCUUCGAGGGCUGCGAAUCCCGGCGAUCAGCAUGAGCUCGGAGAAGCAGGAGAGCGACGGGAUUUUGAAUCUUCUUCCCUCGCUGACCCUGCAGGCCCGAGCUGUGGCCGAGUUUCUGCGCGCUCAACAUUGGGAAUACAUCUCUGUUGUUGUCAGCAGCGGCCAUGCAAAGCAGCGAAAAACGUUCGAGAAAUUUGCCGCGAUUGCUGAGGAAUUUGGUCUGUGCAUUGGAAGUGUUACAUACAUUGCGGCACACAAUCGGACAGCCUCGAAUUUAAGGGGAAAUACGAAUGUCACCGUGUUCUUUACGACGGCUCUAGAUGCGGCGGAGUAUGUGUCAGCGAGGCUGAGGUUCAGCUACGACGUGAAUAACGUGGAUAUCAUGGUGGGAGAGGCGGGAGACUUCUACUUGGCCGAUCCGGUUAGUGCUGUUCAGUAUACUGGGACAGUAGCGAUCAGACCAAAGGACAUCCUGCCAAAGGACUUUGUGGAGUAUUUGAAGCAGGUAAGAAGAAAAACUAACUGCAAUUUUUGCAUGAGUUUUGUCAUAAAAUACGAAUUGCUUGAGAGACUCAGAGUGUCUUUAAAUUUUGCAUAGGUAUUGUUUAGAGGCUAUAGAUUCAAAUCCAGAAAAUUUUAGCGCCUGAAAUUUAGGUUGCCCUUUGUAAGGACAGCCAAAAUAUUCAAUCAAGUUUUUACACCGAGAGAGUACUCGAAAUGCGGAGAGCAAAAACACUCCUAUAGAAAACGACUUUUGCCAAGUUCAGGGAAAAAAAUAAUUUUUUCCGGCCUUUGUAAGCCGUUAAAAUCCUUAAAAUUUGGAUAAUCUCAGAGAGCGACAUGUGUUUUAUCGCUUUGAUAUUUUUCCGCACUUUAUUACGCCAUGUCUGAUUGUGAGGCAUCUCUAGCUGUAAAAAAAUCAUUGCAAAAAAAUUGUUUUUUGACACCGGAUUUUGCUCACAAAAAACUUUGGAACGAUGUGCGGAAGUAUCGCUCCCUGUUGUUGAAAUGGAGCUGGACUGUUGAUGUUGUUCAUGCUACAGUUUGAAAAAAGUAUCGAUUUUAUGCCAAUUUUUUACCGCCCUAAAAGUCUCGGUGCGCCAAGGCACAAUCUAGAAAUCUCCCAUAUGUUAUUAUACUUACAAAAGAAGUUAAUCCAAAUCUAUGUAAAAUUGCAUCAAAAUCUAAACUUUGAGCACUGUCUUUACUUCUAGAACCUCCCGUUUAUUACACAUAUAAUAAGAUAUAAUACACAGAUUUCUUUCCGGAGCCUCAACUAAAUCUUUCAGGUGACCCCUCUCCACCUAGCCGAGCCCUGGUUCUGGGACUACGUCGAGAAACGUUGGCAUUGCGCGUUGAACCUGAAUAACCGCGAUCAAUACGAAGGAAGGAUGUGCACUGGGGAUGAGCUCACAAACAUUGUCGAAUUGGGUCGGAUGAUCGAAGCCGGUUAUCUGAUUCGAGGCCUGGAGAGGUUUGUGUUGGCGUUGAAUGAGGCUUUCCGCAGGGUUUGCGGGAACAGUGCGACAGAAUACUGUCCGGAAUUCAUGGAGAAGUCGAGGGAAAUGGUGAGGAAAUUGUUGGAUACGGAGAAGCCAAUGGCUGAGUUUGAAGUCGACGAAUUCAUGCCGUUGGAUCAUCAUGGUAAGGGCUGAAAAAUAUACUUUUAGUUUGUGCAUUAGCUAGUUUGAACAACGAGUUUUUUGAAGGUGAAAAAAAUUGUUUUAAAGUCAUCUUUUUUUGAAAAUUUUUUUAGUUUUUUACUGAUCUAGGAAGCCUUGAAGCUCUAGCCUUUUUAAAACCUUUCUUAAAUCAUUUUCCAGGCAAUCUCGGCUACCGUCGUAUCGGCAAUUACACCGCCGACCUCAUCUACAAGCCCAUCAACGACUACAAACUUUACAUCUCCGGCAUCCUCCGCUCCGACACCAUCUACACCUCGCUUUGCACUGCUCCUUCAUGCUCUUGCAAACGCAUGGUGGCAGCUAGUCGCCUAGGGCCUCUGGAAAGAGUGAGCGGCUCCAUCAAGUGGUUCCAUGCGAAUAAUGUCAACUUCUUCGCGAACUGGGACAACUCCACCUUGAACUACAUUUUCCUCGUGAUUACGGUAAUCCUGAUGGUGAUCACGGUGCUGAUCCUGUUGCUGAUCGUCUACAAGGUCUAUUCGAGGGUGAUCAAGGGAAAUCAGUCGCUGGGAAUGUGCUCGCUGACCGGAAUUAUCAUCUUGAACUUGACGGCCUUGUUGUACAUUAUCGACAGCAAAAAUUCGGUGAGAAAAACAUAUCUGGAUUGAGGUUUUUAAACUUCAUAGGGCUGUUCAAGGUCUAUGUUCAUUUAAUUUGCGCUUUUCAGCUUCUGGAGCUCCGAAUUCUCCUCAAUUCCUUGGCUCAUGUCGUUUGUUUUGGCGUCAUCUUGACGAAAGCGAUUUGCUUGAGGAACGCCGAAGACUUGUGCGGAAAGCAUCGGCAACAAAUUGGGAUUUGGAACUACUGGGUGACACUGUUGUUCAUCAUUGGAGUUCAAUUGGCCGUCUAUGCGAAGUAUGAGAUUUUAAAAAUAAAAUUAAAAUUUUUGGUAUUUUACCCACCCCUCGACCGCAAAAAUUGUUGAGUUCUCCAUUUCAACUUGCAAAUUAUUACCUGAAAUUUUCAGUAAAUCAUCGCUAGUCUAUGUAGAUUUUAUGAACAAAAUUUGAAGCCAAAAGAAGCCCCACAAAUCCAGAAUCAACCAAAAUUUCAAAAUUCCCAUCAGAUCUCUAAAACAAUAUAAUUUCUCCCAUUUUUUGCAGGAAUAUCGAGUUGCCCAAUCACAACGAUCUUUACAACUCCAUCUACAUCCUCUUCCUCGCCAUUUUCGCGCUCUUCAUCAACAUUCGAAACCGCAAAAUCCGCCGCAACUACAAGGAAUCCAAAUGGUUAUUCAUUGCGAAUCUGGUGGCGCUAACUCUUUUCGUCUCGUGGAUUGUCGCGCGUCAUGUUAUUCCAACCAAUCUGCAUCGUGAAUUGGACAUUGUGGAGCUGAACUCGAUGGCUUUGAUCUUAUUGGGCCUUAUGUUUGGGACCAAGGUGUACAUUCUUUUGUUUUAUGAGCCCUUGGUGGUGGAGAGGUGUGUAACGCCAAUGAAGCCCGAUUUUUAUGAUGGGGAUUUGUUUGAAAAAGGUAGGUGGCUAAUCCCCUGGUAUUUUGAUGAAGCCUGGAGUAAAUUAAGAAUGUUUUUUUUUAAGACUAUUAGCUCGCGCUUUGCAGAAACAGCCGAUAUUUUUAGGCCAAAAGUUGGAAAAAUUUUUUAAUUUUUUUGUUCAAAUUUCGGCAUGAAAAUUUUGAUGACUAUUCGUACGGUAUAAAGUAAUGUCUCCCAAAAAAAUCAAUGUUUUCCAUACGAGACUGGCAAAGAUAUGGCAAAAUUGUUUUUUCUCUGACCGCUCUCCGCAUUUUGUAUACUCUCUCGGCAAUAUUUGAAUAUCUAUAUCUCUGCUGCCCUUGCAAAACGCAAUCUAAAGAUUUUAGCAAUUGAUAUUUAUAAUUUUUACUAAGCUUUCACAUCUUCAGACAUGUCCUUGGCCGCAUCUCUUCACUCCAUUCCCAACCAACUGCACAGUCAGGCGGAUACCGUGACCAUUCAGCCGGGAACAUCGCAGGAUGAUGAGGUAAGAUUUGCCUAGAAUUUUUCACUGACCAAUUAAAUUGUGGCCAAAUUUUGUCACCAUCUCCUAAAACUUUAUAAAAAUGAAAAAAACGUUUCUUUUUUCAGUUCCCAGUCCUGAAGACCGUGAUGCGCAAGAAGGAGUUUGGCCAUGGCCGCUCCAGCCGCUCCUCCAUGGACCGAUUUAGCAACGCCAGCACCUCCAGUAACUAG